AUGGAUAUAGCCAACCCUUCUAGUACAUGUAUAAUUGGGGACCUACAAAGCAAGCUGAAUGAUGAACAAAAGCGAAAUGAGGAUCUACAUAGGAAGUUAAAAAGUGAGCAAGAAAAAAAUGAAGAACUGAAGACAGAAUUAACUAUGCUAAAGUCUGAAUUGACAGAGGCAAAGAAAUGGUCACAGUCUUGGGAAGAAAAAUUUCAUACCGUGAAGCAUCAACAUGCGGAAAUUCAUCUUAAAAUGAUACAGCAACAAGAUGCACUAAAACAUGCAGAGGCUGCCGCUGCAAGAGCACGGAUGAAAAGCAAAAUUGAAGUCACUGAAAAAGGAAAUAAUAGCACUGCACCAGUUCUUCAAGACAGCACUACUAAGGGAAAGAAAAGGAAACAAAAGGAAACUGAGGAGGAAGAAAUGACUGAGGUGGAUUGUGGAUUGGUACAGUAUGAUGGAAAGAUCUACUUUGGAACUUUCGAAACUUCAGAAAAAUUUGUUUUUUGUAAAUUACCAAUUGCUACCAUCAAUGCAGAGAAUAAUGCUGUCAUUAUCGAUGAUCGAGCAAAGACCCGUGAAAUAAACAUGAGAGACUGUCAGACAGUUAACAAAGAGGAUAUUGUUCUUAAACAAAAAGGACGAAUCGAUGCCAAAGGAAAUGUUAUGAUCGAUCUAACAGUGAGUGCAGUGAAAGAGACCGUGAAAAAAUUUAUUAGAAUAUAAAUGUAAA